AUGGCCUCCGACGAUCAGUUGACGUUUUCCGAGGAAUCGCUGCCUGAAUCGAACAAAGGAGAGCAAGAAGAAGAAGAUGCCCCAGUGCUAGAAGGCGCGAGUGAGUCCGGAGAAACUGAUUCCGACGGCGACGAUGAGGUCUUGUAUGUGAGAAGCGCCGAGAGAAAUCGUUAUGGUCCUUGUGGAUAUCGAUGGUCACCUCACUGGCUUGCACCGAUGCCAGGGAGAUUUGCUAGAAAUCAUUAUUAUUCUAGAAAUCAUUAUUAUCCUAGAUGCCUGUACCGCGAUGACAAGCCUUCUGCAAUUGUAGGAGCAGGACUGGAAAAUCCUUAUUAUGCUGGAAAUCCUUAUUAUUCUGGAUAUGCUGGAAAUCCUUAUUAUUCUAGAUGCCCGUACCGUGAUGACAAGCCUUCUGCAAUUGUAGGAGCAGGACUGGAAAAUUUGGGAAAUACUUGCUUCCUGAAUGCAGUGAUGCAAUGCUUUCUCCACACUGUCCCAUUUCUCCACGGCAUUCUUUCUGAUGAACAUUCUAAUUGUGAUAAAGAAAGUUUUUGCUUAAUAUGUGCUGUGCGGUUGCUCAUUAAUCAUUCGCUGACUAGGAGAGACGGACCUGUUGCGCCUUUAGGUCUUGUGAACAACUUGAGCUGCUUCAAACGGUUUCAACAGGAAGACGCUCAUGAAUUCCUUCAGUGCUUUCUGGAUAGGCUUGAAAGCUGUCAUGUGUCUUCACAUAGUAAUAACAUGGUGAAGCAAAUAUUUGGUGGUCGUCUUGUCAGCAAACUGAAGUGUUGUAGCUGUGGCCACUGUUCUGACACUUAUGAGCCAUUGAUUGACCUGAGCUUGGAAAUUGAGGAUGCAGACAACCUUUUGACUGCUCUUCAGUCGUUUACAAAGGUUGAAAUAAUUGAAGAUCUAGAGACCAAGUUUACAUGUGAAAAGUGUAAGGAGCACGUAUCCAUAGAAAAGAAGCUUUCCUUUGAUCAGUCCCCAACAGUGGCCCUGUUUCAGUUGAAGAGAUUCAAAAAUGAUGGUUGCUUUGUUCAUAAAAUGGAUAAACACGUGGAGUUUCCAUUAGAAUUGGACUUGCAGCCUUUCAUGUUAGGCGGCAAUAACAUUAGUAUGGAACUUAAGUAUGUACUGUAUGCUGUUGUGGUGCAUGUUGGAUUGGCAUCGACAUCUGGGCACUACUAUUGCUUCAUUCGCUUAUCUCCUGGCACGUGGUGCAAAUUUGAUGAUUCAAAGGUUGUGCUGGUCUCUGAAAAUUAUGUGCUAUCUCAAGAGGCAUACAUUCUGUACUAUGCAAAAGAGGAUACAACAUGGUUUUCAAGUUUUGUUGAAACUCAAGAGUACUUUAGCCUAGAGUCAAAAGCAUUGGACACAUCACCCAAAACAGUCUUAGAUAAAGUACACACCUCCCCACCGUCUCCUAGUUCGGAGAAAAAAUCUUCUCGUGAUUGUAAAGAAGUGAGCUGUGAUAUUGGUUCAGAACUAAGGGAAGAUGACUAUAACAAUGAGACUAAAGAUAGUGUACAGAUGCAUGAAAAUUUGGAGACCAGCAAAAAAACUGAUGAUAAUCCUCAUGGGACGACUACUCUAGUAGAACAGCCAUGUGCAGGGCCUUCUUUAGACAUACCUUCACCCAAAGCCCCAAAAGAGGUAUCGUCCACAUUUUGUGAAAAGCUAAACAGACCUAGUGAGGAAGGAGAAGGUGCUGCAAACAAUCAGAUCAACCCUCAAGAAAACUGUCCGAGAUCUCCUAGUUCGGAGAUUUACAGAGAGGACCCGCCUGAUGCAGGCAUCAUGAUUCCACGUGACCAUCUGAAAACAGUAACUUACAAGAGGCAGCUUGAGAAAGAUAUGGACGAUGCAGAAACAAAGCAAGCGUACUCAUUAAUAAGGAGCAUGCCUAGUUCGAGAGGUCAGCAAAUGAUGGCUGCUCUAAUGCGGUCCAAGUUCAAAGCUCAUGCAAAUAGGAGAAAGAGUAGAAAAUUGGGAAAAGGUGAUUCGAGCAUCAGACCCGUGAUUCGUCCUUUGAUGGCCGGGAUUCACAGGUAGUUUUGGAUUCCAGCUGUCGAUGAUUGAAAAUGAGUUCUCUGUGUAGAAAGUGGUUAUGUUUUGAUCGUAGUUUCUUCUGCCAAUGAGAUAGAUAUAGUCAUCCAAGAACUAUAGCUGUUCUAUCUUUGAGCAUCUUGGAUGUGCGAAUUCUUACAUUACGGUCACUCUUGGUUGUCUAAAGUUUUGUUGAUCAAGUGUGGUGAGUACAUAACAAGCGCCUUUGACCAUCUUUCAUGCAAAUUGCCAUUCAGGCAUUUUUCCCUUGAGAAGCAUGAGCCUUGUGGAAGUACACAAGUGCUUAUACAUAUUUUGCUUAAUAUUCUAAAAGUUAGAAUCAAAUAUGGUUUUGUUUGAAACUUUUCAUCUAUAUAUACCCAUAGUUUUGUUAUUAUUACAUAAGUCGGGGCCUG